AUGCUGCGACUCUGGCUCGUCCGCUGGUGGGCGACCGCGUUUAUCGUCAUGGUCGCAAGCUUUUUCGGCGUGCUGGGCAGGAGCGACACGUCAGGGAGCGGCUUGGAGACGGCAGGGCGUGCUUUCAGCGAGUCUGAGUUUGACUUCUGCGAUUUCCAUUAUGACUCGUCUUUCGUUCUUCCGCCAUACGCCCACACUCUGUUCCACAAUUUGUCGGCCGACGUGGCCGUGUUGAGGGAUUCUGCGGCGCUGGUGCAAAAGUACCGGCGCGCGGUCUGUGACACCUCUGCACUGCAAGAACAGGUCGCGACCCAUGACAGUGCUCUCCAACAGUUGACUGAGAUGCUUGGGAUGCUGGUCUCUGGGAAUCCGAAAGUUAUUGCAGACGCUGUUAGUCGUGCGCUCCAGCAGUUCGUGGAGAGCGACGUCAUAGCUGGGGCUGUGCGUGCUGAGCUGCUGCGGUCCCCUGCACGUGACGAACUGGACGAUGUGAUCGACGUCUCUGUGCUGCCGCCGUUCCUCAGUGUCUCGGCGCAGUUCAUUGUCCUGCCCUGGGACGUCCUUGGCCUCUCCUCCCUGGGCUGCCUCCCAGGCUCGGCCGUGCUGGAGAUCGCCGGGGCCCUCGUGCGGGCGGAGGCGGGCGCGCCCGAGGCGGCGGACGCCCGGGGCGCGCAGCCCGCGGCCGCCGGGGCGGCGGCCAGCCGCCCGCGCGCGGCGAAGGGCCGCGGCAGGGGCGCCGCGGGGGGUGGAGAGGGCAUGGGGCGCCAGCAUUGCAACGAUUGGGACCUCGGAGGCAGGGGGGAGCAGCCGCGCGUGGGGAAGGCGGCUGGCGCGCGGCCCGGCGACGGGGGCCUCGCCGAGGGCGACGGCGCGCGGGACGCCGAGGCGCGCGGGAACCCCUCGGGGCAGCGCGCCGGGCCCGCCCAUCCCUCGCAGAGCCGCGGCGCCGGCCCCGCGGGCAGCGGGCCGUCGGGCCCACGUGCGCGCGGCUGCGACACGUGCAAGGGCCGUUACGCCGAGGGCGACGGCUGCCGCGACGCCAGCGGCGCGGGCUCCUGGCACUGCUUCGGGUGCUGGGAGGCCUACUACGCUGCGCAGCGGGAGCAGCAGCAGACCUGGCAGCGGCCGUGGCACGAUCAGCAGCAGACUUGGCAGCGGCCGUGGCAGGCGCAGCAGCAGACCUGGCAGCAGCCAUGGCACGAGCAGGAGCAGCACCAGGACUGGCAGCGGCCAGUGCGGCAAGGCAAUGGCGGGCAAGAAAUGGGACGGGGUCCAAAGAAGCAGUAUAACAAAAUCAGAUGA